AUGCGCAUCGAUCAACUUUGCUCGUUUCGCAACGACACCGAGCGUGAUCGCAUCCUUUCGGGUCUACGGUGGAUGGGACUCUUUUCAAACGAGCCAGUCAAGGUCAAAGCAACGCCUCUCGACACUCUCUGCGGUCGACUCAAGCAGAUGAUGAGCUUUGAGCCGGGUGAGCAGGAUCUCGUCAUGCUUCAGCAUACUUUCGUGGUCGAGUGGGAAGAGGGCCACACCGAGACCUUUACAUCCACCUUGGCUCUCAAGGGCGACCCGAAGGGAUACUCGGCCAUGUCAAAGUCUGUCGGCGUUACUUGCGGUGUCGCGACGCAGCUGCUUCUCGACAAGCAUGCAGGCUUCACCGACCCGGGCCUCUUGGCGCCAUAUGUACCAGAAAUCUGCACCCCAAUCCGAGUCUUGAUCGAAAAGGAAGGCAUUAUGAUGGUGGACAAAAAGGUCAGCUCUGGCUAG